CAUAAUUUUAUUUAGUUGUGAUUGUGCUUGAGAAUGGGAGAUACCAGAGAAAUGUCUAGCGAUAUUCCACCGCAGAUUUGCAAGACGUUGAAACAGUUGGUGUCCGGCGAUAAUGAAAACUUCGAGAUAGCUUAUCACAACCCCAAUAAGAAAGGUGAAGGAUUCUCGGGAGAAGUUAUUUUCGUAACAUUGAAGGACAAAAAGACUAACAAGGAAUUGAAUGUUAUCGUGAAGCAAUCAUUUAGAGAUCAGGCGAUCAGAGAUUGGGCACCAAUAAGGGAUAUGUACAUGAACGAGAUUUACUUUUAUUCGAAGGUUUGGCCCACGUUGGACAAGUUUCAAGAGCAAAUCCCGAUAAAGUACCGCUUCCAGAAGAUACCCAAAUGCUUGACAACAGCUUCGAAUGAUGACUUUGAGUACUUAGUCAUAGAAAACCUGAAAUUUCAGAAUUUCCUCAAUCACGAUAAGAAACUGCCUUUAGACAAGGACUACUACGAACUAAUUUUUAAGGAGUACGGAAAGUUUCACGCUUUAUCAUUCGCUUAUAAAGCCUUACAUCCUGAGGAGUACGUCGAUUUGGUAGAAGGGUUGACAAAUUUAUACGUGGAAAUUAUCACGAAUGAGACCUUUCAAAAGACGAUGAAGUAUUCAUAUGAAAGUUGCAUUGAAAGCCUUCAACCAGGAGUAGAUGAUGCCGUGAUCGAAAAGUUGCAACCAUAUCUUCAAAAUUAUCUAAAUUUGAUCCUAGAGAUUUUUGAAUGUAAAACGAAAUAUUCUGUUAUUACCCAUGGAGAUUGUUGGAGCAGUAACAUGAUGUUUAAAUACGACGAGUCCAAGAAGGUGACGGAUGUAAGGUUCCUUGACUUUCAAUUGGCAAGACCCACAUCUCCUUGUUGCGACCUCUCAUAUUGCUUUUACUCGGGAGCUUCGAGGGAAGUUCUAAAGGAUCUGGACUAUUAUCUUCAAAUUUACCACGACAGCUUAUCCGAAACCCUUAAGCAGUUCGGAUGUGACUCUGGGAAACUUUACCCUCUGCAGGAACUGAAGAAGGACUGGAAGAUUUUUUGCAAGUUCGGACUGAACAUGGCUUUGAUGGUUUGGAAAGUUAAAUUCAUAUACGACGAUGAAGUGAAAACCGCUACAGAUAUAGAAAAUGGCGAAUUCGACAAAAUGUUCCAAGGCGGCUACGACAAAGAUGGAUACAAUAAAGCUAUCAAAGAUUUGGUGAACCAUUUUCAUGAAAAUGGUUUUUUGUAAAUUAACCACAAUAAAUUAAUUGUUAAAUGCUUAA